UCUUGUAAACAUUUUAUAGGCCUAACUCUCUUAAAAUGUGAUGCUGUAUCCCUCUAUUAGAAAGAAUGCGUGUGGAGCAGUGGAGGGAGGAGGCUGCGGUUCCGUGGUUCUGGACCGGUGUCGGGUUGCAGCUGGGCCCAGGCGGAGAGAGCUCUGUCCGGGCUGUGUUUAGGCUCUGUCCGGGCUGUGUUUAGGCUCUGUCCCGCUGCUGCAGACCUGACUGUCGCGACGUGUCUCUUUCUUUUGUGGGAAACUCCAGAAAUUGUUAGAGCAAAGACGAAUGAGUAAACGAACCACUUUUAUUUGUGAGCAUUUCCCCGGGCAUUUGCAAGGUUGACAACAAGUUUUUAUUGUGUAUUUUUUAUUGAAACUUUAUUUUCAAGACAGAAAUAGACAAGAUGAUUUUGCGAACUCUGCUUUUCAUCCACAUUCCAGUAGUCUGUCUCAUCACUGCAGUUUGGGCCCAGUCGGACAGCAGCAGUAGUUUAGUGGUGGCAGCUUACAACAUGAGCGCCCCCGCUGGUUCGAAGGUGGUACUGCAGUGCGUGAGCGGUCGCAUGGUUUGGACCAGGGACAGAAUUCGGGACAGGCAGAGGGUCUUGCAUUGGGACCUGUAUCGGGCCAGUCCGGACUACGUCAUGGAGCGAGUGGUGGACAUGUUUUCAGGACCCGGGGGAGACCAGCGCAUCUACAACUCGUACAACCUGGGAAGAGUGAGCCUCAGCAAGAAGGCGUUCAAGGACGGGAACUUCUCCCUCGUCAUCAAAGAUGUGACGAUGAAUGACCGUGGGCUGUACUCGUGUAACCUGCACCACCUGUACUGUCACCUGUACGAGACUGUGAGGGUCCAGCUCAACGUCACCAAAUCACGACGUAAAGAGCAGAGAUACUGGGAUGGGCAGAAGGCCGUGUUUGUGGUGCUGUUGGGGAGCACAGUGGUUCUGCCCUGCAUCAACAGACGCAGUGUUUGGACCGACUGGAGCACCGACGAGGAGGAUCAGCAGGUGGUGCAUUGGGACCGUCAGUCUCCUGGUGUCCUCCAUGACAGGGCCGAUCGUCUAGUGGACCUGUACGCCUCAGGGGAACAGCGCAGCUACGGGCCGCUGUUUCUGCGACGCAAAAUGAACAUCAGCGGACACGCCUUCUCAGAGGGGGACUUCUCUCUCACCAUCUCAGACCUACAGCCGACAGACGAGGGCCUGUACUCCUGUCACCUGCACCAUCACUACUGCGGUCUGCACGAGAGGAGACAGUUCCAGCUCACGGUCGAGCCUCCGGUGAUCCAGCCCACACAGGCAGCCCGAGCCCAGCCCAGCGAAGACAAGGAGGUUGAGUCUCCUCGGGUCAUAAACGUGAUCCUUCCUGAUCAGAAACACUACUUCCUGCUUCCUGUGGGCUACGUUCUCACUUCCUGUUUACUGUUGGCCUUCAUCGUGCUCAUCAUCAUCCUCAUCACACGCAGACGAAAGAGUAAAGAGCCGUAUCCACAAGCGUCAACACGGUCGAGUCGUAGUGAGAGCAGUUCAGAGGAGCUGGAGAUGGAGGUGUCUGAAGUGAAUGUGUCCGUCACAGAAGAGCCACUGUGUGAUUACAAAAACAACCUGCUGAAGGAGAAGGCCCACAGGAACUCACAGCCCAAAGUCAUCGACCUGGACAAAGAAAUGGAAAAGUUUCGUAAAUGAUUAAACAUCUGGAGUCGCUGGCUGGUCCAGACGCUAAACAAUGCCACAAACUGAAAAUCAACAAAAUAUCAAGGAUUAUUAUUUCACAAGAAUUAAGGAACGAUUUCAGUUUGAUUUGACAAGCUGGUUUUUCUCAUUCUAAAACCAGCUGAAGACCAGGCUCCACUGGGUUUGAGCGCCACCUGGAGGAGCUCAGAGUUAAAUACAACGGCAUUAUAACUGAUACAUGGUCAAUUUUGGACCAAGAUAUUUGCUAUAGUCUUUUGAAUGUAAUCAACUUAUUGCUUUUCAAUAAUUGUUUGAUUGUUUUUGCUAAAGAGACUGCUAAGUUAACAUUAAUGCAAACUGCUACUAAAACUAAAGCUAGGUCUGUAAAAUGGUAUUUCUCAUUAUGUUUUUGGAGCAAGAAAGAUGCUACAAACCAUGUAAACUAUGUGUAAUUGGUGAUUUGGGGCAGUUUUCCUUUUUUUAAUGUAAGCUUCCACAUGCUACAAGUUCAUGUAUAGGGCCUAUGUGUUUAUUUAAUUACAUUUAAUCAGCUUUCCACAUGUCAAACUGCAAUUUCAUAAUCAGUUUUAUAACAAGAUAUUGACUUACUGCUUUUUAAGUCUUCUAUAAACCCAUUCCUAAUCCAGUUUUUUUUUGUGCCAGAUUUAGUUUUUCUUGCUGUUUUUUUUUAUGCUGCACACGUUAUCCUACUUUGUAAAUAUAUGCACAUUUGCACAUUUAUUUUGUUUGGUUUUUUUUGUUCAUGUAUCAAAAAUGCUUUGACAGCCAAAACACAUAAUUAAUUUCACAAUCUACAGGUCAAGUUUUGGUAAGACUAUAAUGCAGCCGUAAAGGUCCAUUACGUAGCUUUUCUGGUUUAGGGUCCACCUACUGUUAGUCUCCAUGGAGAUGUGCUUUUUCUGAAAUGUUUCACAGUAUGGCAAUAAUAUUAUCAAUCACCAUGGAAACAACAGGAGGCGCUAGUAGGCUAAAAUUACAGGUUACAGUAAAAAUGUAUUAAAAAGGUAUUGUGGGAAAAAUACAUAUAUAUCAAUUUAAUGCUAUACUGGAGAACAUUCCUGGCAAAGCAACAGCAUCUCCAUGAAGACAGUGAACCCUCAACUGUAAAAGUUACAUAGUGCAUCUUUAAUAAAACUUGAAGAAACACUAACUUCAUAAUGAACAAAUAGUUUAUUAAGAAUGAUUCAGGCUCAGUAACUACUUCAUUAAGAGGUUAAGGUGAGGAGUUUGAGUAUUAUGGCUGGUUAAGGUGGAGGUACAAUCAGACACACAUUUACCUAAAAUAUGUGUUCAUUUGGUGGCAUUCAGAGUAGUUACUUUCCUAAAAUAAAAAGAAUACAUUUGUGUAAAUUUAGGCUCCAAAUUGCACAUAAUCAGUGAGGAAAAUAUAAAACACAGCUCUUGUGGUGAUAAAUAUACACAGAGCAAACAGUGAAACAAACACAAUGCUGUUUUUAAUCCUAUGUCAUGUUUUUACCCUAUAGUUUAAAUUCAACUCGGUGUAAAAGUAAUCUAAGUAUUCAGAGUAUAGUACUCUGAUUGGACCAUGUACCAGAAUAUGUUACAACAUACAUUUUAAUGCAUGUAUCCAGUGUUCUGUAAAUAAACACAUUUUCAAAGUAUUCUUCCCAUGAGUCUAUCAUAAAGUGUUAUGAAAGUGUUGAACUAAUGUCUGUAAAUCAUGUAAAAUGCCUUUCUGCCCUUACAUUUGGUCUGUUAUUUUGUUGUUUUGUCAUUAUAAAUAAAGCUUCGUACAAAAGCUGC